AUGUUAUGGCGCGAUGCCUCCAAUCUGACCGACGUACCUGGUCUCUGGACCGGUGGGGCGAAUUUUUGGAAAUCUUUCUUGAGACGAGUUCGUCAGUCGGCCAUUCAUGGCGAUGCAGAUGCCGCCGGCCUUCAGGCAGAAUUGGCAAACCAUAGCCUGACCUGUCUUCGGAACACCAACACUUGCAAUGAUCACCUUUUGUGCUUCUACUUUCUCUUCCUUCCUUCUUUUUGCAUUUCUGGCGCACAAACACACACACAUACAUACACACACUUUUAUGCCGCGAAUCCUGAACUAACCGUCUUGCAACCCCGAUACAUCUUGUCGGAGUGA